AUGCAGCCCUGUCGUCGGCGAUCGACUGCAGCAAAAACAGCAGCAGCAGCAGCAACAGCAGCAGCAGCUACAAAGCGGAAUCCACAGCAACAGCAGCAACAACAGCAGCAGAAGAAGACAGCAUCGGCAACAGCUGCUGCUGUUGCAGCAGCAGCAGCAGCAGCAGCAGCAGCAGCAGCAGCAGUAGGAGCUGGUAACAGCCAACAGCAUGCGGACCCUGCGCCAGCGGCUUCGGUAUCCAUGCCAUCAGGCCGACACAAGCUGACAGGGAGAGCACGCCUACAGACACACCAGCAGUAUUACCCUCACCAGCAGCAGCUGCUGCUGCAGCAGCAGCAGCAGCAGCAGCAGCAGGUUGAAGGCCGCCUCCGGGUGUGCAGCAAAAGCUUUAUCUUAGACCCCCACAUGCCAGCAGCAGAUAUCCUCAAGCUGCUGCUGCGUCGCAUUGUGUUUAUAGCGCAGCUCCCAAGCAGCAGCAGCAGCAGCAGCAGCAGCAGCAGCUGGGGCUGGCACGGCCACCCGGGUUUUGCUGCAUCACCAUCAGCAGCAGCAGCAGCAGCAGCAGCAGCAGGCGAGCUGAAGCUGCUGCUUGGCGUUGCUGACUUUAUGCGCGUCUCCCUGACGGUCAUCGAUGGAAAGACCCGCUGCGUUUCUCCCUUUACUCAGGAGGUUGCAGCAGCAGCACCAGCAGCAGCAGCAGCAGCAGCAGCAACAGCAGCAGCAGCAGCACAACCCUCUCCUUUCUUCUCUACCUUCCAACAGCAGCAGCAGCAGCAACGAGGCUCUUCAGAGUCUGCCCGCGACUCCGCCCGCGUAUUUUGCUUCGUUUUGACUAUCAAUGCAGCAGCAGCAGCUGCUGCUGCUGCUGCAGCACCUCAGCAGCAGCAGCAACGAGGCUCUUCAGAGUCUGCCCGCGACUCCGCCCGCGUAUUUUGCUUCGUCUUGACUAUCAAUGCAGCAGCAGCAGCAGCAGCUGCUGCUGCUGCAGCACCUGUGGGGCCCAGCAGCAGCAGCAAGCUGCUGCUGCUGCUGCUGAACCUCUGGCGAGUCUCAGCAGGCAGCAGCCCCCUCUCCAGCCUGCCGUUGGGCCCCUUCCUAACAGAUGCAGAGACAACCGAAGCAAGGCCGCAGCAGCUGCAGCAGCUGCAGCAGCAACAGCAGCAGCAGCAGCAGCAGCAGCAGCAGCAGCAGCAACCGAUAAGCCCUGAGAGCAGCAGCAGCAAGCUGCUGCUGCUGCUGCUGAACCUCUGGCGAGUCUCAGCAGGCAGCAGCCCCCUAUCCAGCCUGCCGUUGGGCCCCUUCCUAACAGAUGCAGAGACAGCCGAAGCAAGGCCGCAGCAGCUGCAGCUGCAGCAGCAGCAACAAUAUGCUGCUGCAGUGCAGCGGGAGCUGCAGCAGCACGUCCGCUUCAGCUUCUCGCAGCUCGACCACCGAGAGCAGCUGCUGCUUCCUACCAACACAGGUAUGCAGCAGCAGCAGCAGCAGCAGCAGCAGCAACACCAGCAGAAACAGCAACAGCAGCACUAA